AUGCACUCACCUCCUAGAGAACAGCCUGCCAUCAUGCUCUGGAAACUGGUUGAAAAUGUCAAGUAUGAAGAUAUCUACGAGGACCGGCAUGAUGGAGUGCCCAGCCACAGUUCCAGGCUGUCCCAGCUGGGAUCCGUCUCCCAGGGACCCUACUCCAGCGCUCCUCCGCUCUCUCACACCCCAUCCUCGGAUUUCCAGCCGCCUUAUUUCCCACCCCCCUACCAGCCUCUUCCUUACCACCAAAGCCAGGACCCUUACUCCCAUGUCAAUGACCCCUACUCCCUAAACCCCUUGCAUCAACCCCAGCAGCACCCCUGGGGACAGAGGCAGAGGCAAGAGGUGGGAUCAGAAACCGGGUCACUGCUGCCACAGCCUCGGGCCGCCCUGCCCCAGCUCUCGGGACUGGACCCCAGGCGGGACUACCACUCAGUAAGGAGGCCAGAUGUCCUUCUGCACUCAGCUCACCAUGGCCUUGACUCCGGCAUGGGGGACAGCCUUUCUCUGCAUGGCAUCGGACACCCAGGGAUGGAGGAGGUGCAGUCAGUUGAAGAUGCCAAUAACAGCGGUAUGAACUUAUUGGACCAGUCUGUCAUUAAAAAAGUUCCAGUUCCUCCAAAAUCUGUUACUUCUUUGAUGAUGAAUAAAGAUGGCUUCCUGGGUGGAAUUUCAGUCAAUACCGGAGAGGUGUUUUGCUCUGUACCUGGCCGCUUGUCUUUGCUUAGUUCAACUUCAAAGUAUAAAGUUACUGUGGGAGAAGUUCAAAGGCGCCUUUCUCCUCCAGAGUGUCUGAAUGCAUCUCUCCUAGGAGGAGUACUUAGAAGAGCCAAAUCGAAAAACGGGGGGAGAUCUUUGCGAGAAAGGCUAGAAAAAAUCGGUUUGAAUUUACCAGCCGGCAGGCGUAAGGCCGCAAAUGUCACUUUACUCACCUCCCUGGUGGAAGGUGAGGCCGUUCAUUUAGCUCGGGAUUUCGGGUACAUCUGCGAAACGGAGUUCCCGGCCAAAGCUGUUUCUGAGUACCUGAACAGACAGCACACGGACCCCAGCGACCUCCACUCCAGGAAAAACAUGCUGCUUGCUACAAAGCAACUUUGUAAAGAAUUUACAGAUCUCUUGGCCCAGGACAGGACACCCAUUGGAAACAGCCGGCCCACCCCUAUUUUGGAACCGGGCAUUCAGAGCUGCUUGACUCACUUCAGCCUCAUCACUCACGGCUUUGGGGCCCCCGCUAUCUGCGCUGCCCUCACGGCCCUUCAAAACUACCUGACUGAAGCUCUCAAAGGCAUGGACAAGAUGUUCUUGAACAACAACACUGCUAACAGGCACACAUCUGGCGAAGGACCAGGUAGUAAAACUGGAGACAAGGAAGAGAAACACAGAAAAUGAGAG